CAUGAAAAAAAAUCUUCAUUAUUACAUAUUUUAAUAUCUUUUUCAAAGUUUAAUAAAUCAAAUUAUGAAUUUAAUUAGUGGUGGGGUGAUGUAAUAUUUGUUUUAUGUAUCAGCAUAUGUAUAAUGAUGUUCUAAAUGUUGCACAAGAUAGCAAGAAGAAUUAAAUCUUGAAGGAAAUUCCAAUCCUACCCCUAGGAUUAUGCUCAUCAUCAUCACUGGGUAUUGCAACCAUGGGUAGGAUUCUGAUCGUACAUAGAGCUGAAAGGAAAUUCCAAUCUUGCCCCUGGCAUGCCCAUCUGAAUUGCAGCCGGGUAUAAACCGUACCCCGGCGGUUGCGGCGGCGGCAUCACACCGGGAUGACCAUAGUACCCGUAAGAAGGCGGCGGUGGGUAAGGUUGCGGCGGCACUCCGAAAUUCGGACCGAUCGGGCCGGAUUGAUUCCAAAAUACGGAUCCAUCCAACCCGUUCCCGGGUCUCCUGUGAAGCUUACAGAACUGAUCCCUGCAGAUGCUCUUGUCCACCGGCGGCGGCGGCGCGCAGGCGUGUUUCUCCUUUUUCGAUCCGCCGCUGCGUUUGAAGCAGCCGUCAUCUUCGCCGGAACACGCCGGAGAUUCAUUCUCCCUGCUCUUGCCCUUGGAGUCGCAGCAUUUACUGCCAUUGUUAUUAUUAUCCGAUUUGUUGUUGUCGCCGGCGGAAGCGUGAAACUGGGCCGGGUCAACUACUUGGGCCAAUUUGCCCAUUUUCUUAAUGGACUUCACCAGCACGGAUGGCUCGCAGUUGCAUCUCACCGUGGCCCAUUUGGUUAUUGAGUCGUACUUCACGGAAAACACGUCUAUAGAAUCAUACCACCACGAAAAUUAAGAAAAUUAUUGAUGGGCAAAAAUACUUAACUAAAAUAAAAUUAUGCAACUUACUAUAAGAUUUUCAAUCGUUUUAUACUAAAAUAAAAUUUACAAUUCCAAAUAACGUCAAAUGUAAUGCCAAAAGAUAUUGUAAAUUACUAAAUCUAAUGCCAAAGU